AUGCAAACAAGUCAGCCUACUGAGAAUAAAACUCCAAGAAUUGAACUCGAUCAGAGCAAUGGCGUUACAGAAAAAUCAUCGGAAUCAGUAUCUUUGAACAAAGAAAUAAUAAGUUCAAGUUUGUGUUAUGUAAACGAAACAAUUGACGGGUUAUCAUAUGCCCCAGCUAAAUUUAUUUGCAAUGACAGACUGCUAACGAAUAUCGAUGCACUGAAGGGGUUUAUAUUUUUGCGCUACAUUAACGUAGGAUUCAAUCGUAUAACUAAUUUAAGAGCAUUAUAUGGUUUAAACAAUCUGAUUGUGUUAAGAGCAUCAUAUAAUGAAAUAGAAGAAUUUCCUUGUGGAAACUGGCCCACGUUAACACACUUAGACUUAAGAAAUAAUUGUAUUAAAAGGCUGACAACUGUAAAUUACCCGAGAUUGUUGGUUCUAUUCCUUGACAAUAAUCAGUUACGUAGUUUGACCAGUCAAACUGAUGGAUCAUGUUAUUUAAAUGAUUAUAGUGUACCGAAAUUGCAUACUCUCGGAUUAUCACAUAAUUUACUUGAGGUAGAAGACACUACAAUAACUGAUUCUAAUAUCAAUAUAGCGAUUGGAUUAGAAUUGAAAAAUCUAAAAGCAUUAUAUCUUGGUUAUAACAAACUAAUUAGUUUUGGAAAUUAUAAAUUAAAAAAUGGAAAUGUACAAAAUUUACCAAAUGAACUAAAAUACACUACUAAUGAUCAAAAAGGGCAAAUUUAUAAUUACAAUUCCCUAAUUGGAUAUCUUCCAAAUCUAUCUGUUUUACACAUAAGAAGUAGUGGGUUAAUCAAUCUGGAUGGAAUAACACCUGAAUGUUUACCAAGAUUAGAAUAUUUAAAUGUUAGGGAAAAUCAAAUCGGCAGUUUAGAAGAAAUAAAGAAACUAUCUAACCUCCAGUGUUUACGUACAGUGAUUUUAACAGAUAAUCCAGUUUAUGAUGUCAAAGAUUACCGACUAGAAGUUCGCAUAUCUAUACGAUGGAAGAAAAUGAAGAGGCCGAUGAAUUGGCUAUUCAAAGAAUGCAACCAACCUAAUUUUCAAAAUGAACGUGGAUCAACCUUUUAUGAGCGUUUGUCAGUUUUCCAGGAAACAUCUUUAAAAGUUUUUCAAGCGUUUACAUGUAUAUUUUUACUCCAACACUUCAAAUAA